CUCUCUCCUCCUCCUCCUUGUGUUCUAGCUCUUGAGUUGAGAUGAUGUGGGUUUCUUUGAGUGGAGACUAACGGGCUGUGAAGUUAUCUGGACUGGACAGUUUCUAACAGGUCCGAAUACAGCGUUACUAUUUUGGGACCUUGUUGUCUCUUUCUCUCUAUCUUUCUAUCUCUCUCUCUUUUUCUCUCACCUCAGGAGGUUCUUGAGGUGCCAGCUGGGUGGUUAGUCAUGUCUAACCCCUGCGUUACCCUCCUAGAGGUGCUGGGACUGAUAGUAGGCAUUGGAGCCUGGUUCUGCUCGCUGGCUGCCACGAUCAUGCCCCAGUGGCGCAGCCAGUCUACAGAACUGCUGAUCAUUGAGAGCUUUGAGGUGGGUCUUUGGGAGACCUGCGUGGUGCACGAGGUGGCAGGCAUGGAGUGCCGUCCAUACGAAAGCCUGCUGGGCCUCUCACACGAAAUCAUGCUGGCCCGCAGCCUCAUGUGCCUGUCGGAUGCAGUGGGUCUACUGGGCAUCAUCCUCCUCAUCCCCGGACUGAAGCAGGUGAAGAGCUGCCGGUGGGAGGGAGGCUGGCGGGUCAAGCGUGGGUUGAAGAUCGCAGCAGGGGUCCUGUUCUGCAUAGCAGGCAUCAUGACUCUCGUUCCUGUGUCCUACAUGGCCCACGACAUGGUGAUGAAGUUCUUCGACCACUCUGUGCCAGAGGUGGUGCCUCGCUUUGAGUUCGGGGAUGCCAUCUUCGUGGGCUGGGCAGCAGGGUUCCUCCACGUGGUGGCGGCAUUCCUGCUCUUCACCUCCUGCAUCGGGAUGGCACGGGCCGAGCCUCGGCUGGUGUUCCACCGGCGCCAAGAUGAGUACAAGACUACCAUUGAACAUUCAGGGAAGCGCACGGAGUAUGUUUAACAGACCUUCAAUUCAGAAUCUACAACUUAAUGUUCCAGUUCUGGAACACUGAACAUUGAAACUCUCUGACAGGACAGUGUAUUUGAUGGCAUUUGAAAUGUUUUGGAAUGUAUGAUUCUAAGCAGCAUUGAGCUAAUUGAUGGUCUUCCCUCCUGAAUUCACAGUUCUUGGGAAUUCUGCUACAGUGCAAAAGGUAAAUUGUUGGGUUGAACCUACCAGUAUGUGGAAUGUCAGCACCAGUAGUUCAUUUUUUAUUUUUGUUGUGUUCCAAAGUACAAUGUCUAUGUUCUGUAACUGCAGAUGUGCAUGUCAUAUUUUCCUGGAUAGAGGCAGCUAUCCUUGUUUUUCACAUAUUGCUUCAGAUCUAAAUAUGUAUUUAGUGCUGUAUAUACUACAUUACAUUAAAAGAUUUUUGAUAGAAAA